ACAGCUUCAUCUAAAUUGACCUGUCCAUUUUGUUCCAAAAAACCCCUGCACUAUUACUUUAGAGAAAGCUUAUUUUUUACAUUCACUUAGAUUCUCCAGCUUACAUAAAGCUAAGAGAUGCAAUGCUUAACCAGUCCUUUGUAAAGGGCAUUAAGCAAGCUUCUCCUUUGGAGCAAACUAGUUGUUUGGAAGGAUUCCACUCAACCAUAAACCAGUUCUCACCAAAAAUGAAUGCAUAUUCAUUUUCUGGUAUAUAUUGCAGGCACAUCCUAGCUGCUAUUCACUUUAAUGCAAAGUUGUCCCGCAAAACAAAAUUAAAUAAAGAUGGCACACCAAUGAUCAAGAUAUCAUAUCCAAACUUUAAAGGGGGUGAAGCCACAGUUCGAGAUAUAAAAGAAAAACAAAACUUUGAUUAUGUUGAUGAGAUCUACCAGACAUAUGUGAGAGCAUCUCAAAAUGGCAGUCUUAAGAUAGCUUAUGAACAGCUGAAUAAGAUGUCACCUGCUCCCAUGAACACCAUGCUUGAAAAAGAGAGAAGAGAAAUAGCUGUGAUGAAGAGAAAUGCCAGAAAAACCAUUGUUGUUGAAGAUAUGCCUCCAACAACACCAGUUUCAGUAGUCCUUACUCAAGAAAAGGCGGCAAAGGGUGGCAAAUCAUCUGCCAACAGAGCAAAACCAAGGUGUUCUGUCUGCAGAAAUUUAAUGGCAGGACAUAGCAAAAUAAAGGACUGUCCCAAAAACAAGAGAGUCAGAUUAGAUGAAACAGAGUGACAACAGAGUUAGAACAAACGAGAUUAUAACAAGAUCAAACAAUCAUAUUACAUAAUCAAAUAAUCAUAUUACAUAUCAAUAUAGUUUUUGUUAUAAUUUGAAGUUAAUCCCACAAACCCUAAAUACAACAGUUGAAAAUUUUCAAGAGA